AUGAAUGAAUUUGAUUCUGGAGAUGUAGCAAAUAAAUUUAGUGACUUCUAUGAAUUUGAAGAAUUUUUAGGUUCAGGAGGAUUUGGUAAGGUGGUUAAGGCAAAGAACAUUAAAGGAGAAAGUGUUGCUGUCAAAUUAGUACCUAAGCGAGAAUGUAGAAAAAGCUAUUCAGAAAUACUAGCAGAAGCAAGCAUUUUGAGUCAAAUGAAGCAUCCAAAUAUAGUGUAGUUUAAGAGAGUUCAUGAAACAGAUACAAGAUUAUUAAUAGAAAUGGCUUUGGUUAAGUACGGGCAAUUGAAAAGAUUAUUUGCAGACAAACUUUAAUUGAGUUAUGAAUAGAAAAGACUAUUAAUGCAAACUUUGUUCAAAACAGUGGCAUUCAUUCAUGAAAGAGGAGUAGUCCAUCGUGACAUUAAACCUGAGGUGAGGAUUGUAUGUAUACUAGAGAACCUUUUACUUGAAGACCCAAACGAUAUGACAACUUUGAAAAUAGUGGAUUUUGGAUUGUCGACAAGGUCUCAACUACUCAUUAGUGGUUAAUGUGGUACACUUAUUUAUAUGGCUCCAGAAUUCUUUACUAAUAAACAUUACUCGAAAGUAACAAUAUAAAUAAAUAGAUUAGCCAGUUGACAUUUGGAGUUGUGGAAUAAUAUUGUACAUGGUAUGUACAGGAGGAAAGCAUCCAUUAUAUGUAUAAGGAUAAACAGCAGAUGAAUAUAGAGAGAAACUGUACGAACAUCUGUAAAAUCCGUAAUGGAAUUUUCCUGAAGAUUUUGACUAAUUGGCAAAAAAUCUUUUCUUAAAAUGCGUUGCAGAGGAUCCUAUGCAUAGAUAUAAUGCACAAUAAAUCUUACAUCAUCCAUGGAUUACAGGAAAUAUUAGUGAUCCAAUUCCACUCUCUUUGCCAGAGAUGUAUAAGUCAUUUUCAAUGAGAGAGCGUGUUACAAGAAUUAUUAAAGCUUUAAUGGUAAUUAAGAUGAUGUCUAAGGAUUAUUGGAGAUGUGUAAACACUAAGAAGAUUGAUACAUCUUAUUUAGAAUAAGUAAUUAUUGCUUUAAAUAUAAUAGUGCAAUAAAAUAUCCCAGGUCCAUUAAUAAUAAUAAUAAUAAUAGAGUUUACUAGACAAAUCUUAUGUGAAGGAAAUGAUGGCUGAACAUGCAUAAAUUAAAUCAAGACAGCAUAAUCAUAACCAUAGAGUUGAAACACCUAAAUAUCAAAGCAUUUUGAAAAGAUUGAUAGACCCAUCUCGAAAUUAGCAUGACUUAUACUUAGAUUAACCUAAUAGUAGUUAAGUAAUGGAUGAAAAUAUGCUUAAUUAAUACAAUUCUGUUAAUAAUAAUCAGUAAACAGAAGGUUCUUAGCGUUCAAUAUCCGAAUAAAGUAUUUAAGAUGCAUAAGAAUGUGCUGAAACAAACAGCGGUAAGCUUAUUCUUAUCAAAAGAACUAAUUAAAAUAAAAAGAAAACUAAAAAGAUUGUCUAAUUUAUAACAAAAAAAUAAAAUAAUAGCUCAGUUGAUCUUUAAUAAAGAUCUAGAUCAACUACAGCCAACAAUCCAAAAUAACUUAUGAAUACCCUAACAGAGAAUAAACAAUUUGAUUCACCUAAAAAAGUUUAACUAGCAUCUCUUACUUAAUUCUAAUAAUAAUAACAAUCUCAACCACAUCUCAUAUAACCCUAACAAUCCAUACAAUUUUUAAAUAAUGUCUCAUAAUCUAAUGUAUUAAAAUCACUUCCCUCUAACUAAUCACCGGUUCAUAAACUUAGUAGCCAUAAUGGCGGUCAUAAUACUCCUAACAUUCACAAUAUAUUGAAUUAAAACACAGAGAAAUAACAAUAGUAAAAUCAUACCUAAGUUUUUGGUUAUAUUAGAAAAACUAGUGUAAUUUCCUAAGAUCAAAAAGUCGUUGAACCUCCAAGUAAACAUUAUAACAAUAUUUAGUUAUUUUAGGAAAAAGGAGUAAUACAUCUACUCGGAAAUUAAGUGUAGUAGAAUUAGAUUGCCAUGACUAAUAUAAAUAUGAAUAAUAAGAGAGUAGAAAUUCAUAAUAUUAUCAAUUUAGAAAUUGUGCAUAAUUAAUUUUUACCUAGAGGAUGGUACAAAACCUUACCAUUUUAAAAGUUUCUACCUCCAAAAUAAAUGCAAGUCCAUCCUCAAUUCAUUGAGCUUAAUGCUUUGAGAUAACAGAUUAAAAUUCCAAUACCAAUGCAGUUCUUAGUUCCAAAAAAAAAAUGA